AUCUUGUUAUGGUAUUUAGACCUGAAUGCAAUAUUCUAUGCUAUCUAAGUAAGAUACUACAUGCUCAAUUGAUUGGAUACAUAUAGUUGACACAAUUAACUUACACAUGAGAAUUAUGAAAAUUGAAAAAAAGAUUAUGGAAGUUUUGGUCUCAUUUAUUUGAUUAAUAAUUACAUUUUGAAUGCUACUAAAUGGAUUGUUAAAUGAAUGUGCAAGACAUUUUAAGUAGAUUCCAUUAUAACUCCCAAUCUAUUAUCAGAGAUUAUAUAACAAAUUUGUAAAGGGUCUGAAAUAAAAUAUGUUGUCAUGAGAUAUGAGAGCAGUAAUCAAGAGUUUAGCUAAAGGUGAAAAAGACAAGAUAAUAUUGAG